AUUGCGGUGUCUUUGUUUCAGGGCUGAGGCGAUGGCAAAGAUAGCGGUGUGUGGAGACGUGUGCGAAAAGUUGUUCUCUCCGAAACCGCGAUACGGUAUAAAUAACACCAAUCGAGUAGUGGAGGCGAAGGGCAAUGGAUUACCACAAUAUUUACUGUGCUGCGAGUAACAGGUGCACGCGGGGUGAGAUAUAAAUUCUCUUCUACUAGUAAACGGCAGCGUUUGAGCAAACAGCAUGGAAGCUGAAAUUUUGAAACGUGGUUGGAAGGAGGCUUGUCGGAAAUUUCUCCUGUUCGUGUCGCUAUGCUGCUUGUACUGCGUGAGCUUCAGCAGCGAUCUGACGAGCAGCGUUUCCUAUGCCGAGCUAUUGCUUGACCCGUGUCCAUCAGGAAGCCGGGGGCAGCAGAACGGCAGUGGAGAGGCAGUAACGGACACAGUAACUGUCAUACCGUUGGCUAGUCUUACUCCAUCUCAAUCAACAGUGACCGAUUCAGCAUGUGGAGGUUUCGGAUCUAGUGCAUCCAGCACAGCAUGGGUGGCAUCUAUCUACACUUGCGUGCGUGUUGGCACAUGCUGGUUGGAUGGUAUCACAUUCGAAGUGCUCGGAGCCCGGAAAUCAGCUUUCCUGGGCUUGCUGUUAUUCACCAUUGGAAGCUUGGGAAGCUCGUUUGCCAAUGAAUUGUAUAUAUUGUACAUCACACGUGGCUUGAUCUCCGGACUUGGCGGUGGUUUACUGUUCACGUUGCCUGUAGCAGUCAUUGAUAUUGUUUUCUCAAGUCACAAGUGUCUGCUCAUGGCAUUUGCAUCUAGCACGAGUGGAAUUGGUGUAGUAUACCUUGCACUGGCUGGUCGGUCAGCUAUCCAGUAUGGUGGCUGGCAGUGGUACUAUCGCGUACUGGGUUUCACCAGCAUUGCUACAAUGCUGACAGUGAUCAUAUUACCUGGUAAGCUAUCAUCAGAUGGAUACAAACAAACCAGAACGAGUCAGUCAAGCUCUGCAACCGGAUCCAGUAGUUCCGAAGGGAAAGAGACGAAGGACCUGAGCACCAUAGGAUCUACAUUAUCUGAAACAUCCAGACCAUGUGGCACGCUGCAGGGUCUUGCGAAGAAGACAAAGCUAUCGUUUAUCCGUGGUAUAUCGCUGUAUCGCAACUUUAACUUCAUCUUGCUAGUCAUCGUCUACUUCUUACUUUCGCUGAUGUUCUUUGUCCCUAUUGUGACAGCGAGACAUCGGUCCCAGCACAUAGGUAGCAGCAAUGACGAAAGCUUCCUUCAGGUUAUACUAGUUGGAGCUGGUUGGUUGGGUGGCGGCCUGUCAGCUGGCCUGACUGUGCAAUACUUGCCAGUGUCGCCCAUCCUGAUGCAGGGUGUGAUAAGCACCGCGGUCGGCCUUUCUUGCUGCCUCAGUGCCCUGGUGAACACGGUGGACGGCUUCCGCUACUUCAUCACUCUCUAUGGCUUCCUUAUAAGUGCGGUGAAUGCUCUCGGCCCACUCGCGCUUCUAGAGAUCGUCAAAAAGGAAGAGGUGCCACAUGCCGUCGGUCAAAUGCUACUGCCUGCGGCCAUUUCUGUAUUAUGUGGUCCACCUGCUGCAGGCUGGCUAUACGAUAUCAGUGGGAGCUAUGUACUACCCGCAGCGAUUGGCGGCGGAAUUAUGGUUUCUUCCGGACUUUGUGAGCUGUACCUUUUUGCACGUGUGCAGAGACAGAAGCGCAACAAGUCCAACAACACGAUAGCUUGCCCAGGGCCUGCUCAUAUGGCCGUGGAAAGCAGUGCAGUGGCAGAAACCAUGGUGUGCUAAGUUAAGCAUGGACCAUCAACCGACUACACUCUCAUAGUACAGUGUAGUGUCUUUCUUCGUUUACUAAUUCAAUCAUCUGUGUUCUUCACUAUUCAUCAUCUGCAUUCAGGAGUGCUUUUUGUGUUGUUAAUUUUAUUUUUGAUCGUGAAUUUGGUACUUUCAAUAAUUAUUUCAGAAUGUGUUUUGUUGUGGGGAGUGCUCAGUAUCCUUCAUUAUCACUCCCUUAGUAUUGACUCACAUAGAUUUUUGCCAUACCUAAGCAGUCAAAUAUUCCUGCAUAAUUCACUCCUUAGCCGAGGCUUAGGGCUGUA